AUGGAACUAUCUGAAUUUGUAAAUACAGAAUAUGUUAAGAAUGGUAUGUAUGACGAAGCCGAAGAAGUUUAUAUCGAGUGUAAAGCUCACAUGAAAUUAUGUUUAAAGAAGCUUAGCGUUACAAAAUCGGCUCCAGCUCUAAAAGACUUGCUUGACACAACCACUGACUGUUUAAGCGCAUUAGAGCAAGAACGAGAUCUUACAAAACAACCGGUAGAAUCAGUCAAUCUUUCUACUAGUACUAAUCAAAUAACAUCAUGUAUUUCUACUGCUAAAGUUAUUAAAACUAAACAAGUAUUAUUAGCCACUGCAUUGCUAAAGGCACAAACAAAGACAGGUGAAUUUCAAUUGAUAAGAGCUUUAAUUGACCAAGGCUCACAGGCCUCUUUUAUAACUGAAUCAGCUGUGCAAUUCUUACGUUUGAAGAAAAUUCCUGUUAAAGGAAUAAUAUCUUGUUUAGGAAAUUCCAAGACCGUAAAUGCUACACAUAUGGUUAUCACUAAUAUACAAUCACGUAUUGAUCCUCAUUUUGUUAUUCAAAUACACGCUUAUGUCCUCAAUAAUAUUACAUCAUAUCUACCUGAAACAAAAGUAGAAUCUCUUGAUUGGUUAGAUAUAAAGGAUAUAAAUUUAGCAGAUCCGCAGUUCAACACUCCCAAUAGAAUAGAUAUGUUACUGGGUGCUGACAUAUUUAGCUGUAUUUUGAAGGAAGGUAUGAGAAAGAACCCAAUUGGAAACCUAGUAGCACAAAGCACAAGUCUUGGGUGGAUUCUUUCGGGCGUGGUCGAAACAACAGGAAAAUGCAAACCUGUUAAUAUUAGUAUAUCCUCUAUGCAUGUUCGGGUUAAUGAUGAUGAAAUACUAAAGAAAUUUUGGGAAAUUGAAGAACAACAGCCUCGAUUAAGUAAGUUACCAACUGAGGAAGAACAACGAUGUGAAGAAUUUUUUAGAGCUACAACUACAAGAACGGAGUUAGGAAGAUACGUGGUAAGUCUACCAUUCAAAACUGAAGAACCAUUUUGCACCGGAGGCAAUUCUAGACACAUUGCGAUAAAAAGGCUAGAAGCAUUAGAGAAGAAAUUAGACAAGGACAACGACUUGAAAAACAAAUACAUUGAAGUAAUAAAUGAAUACCUUAAAUUAGACCAUAUGAGACCUGUUAAGGAAACUGAUGAUAUGACGGAAUUCGCUGUAUAUUUGCCGCACCACGCUGUAGUAAGAAAUGACAAAUCUACUUCAAAAGUACGUGUAGUUUUCAAUGCGUCAAGCCCAAAUAAUAAAGGAGUUUCUUUGAAUGAUACUCUCAUGGUUGGACCAACUCUACAAGCUGAUCUGCGUCAUAUUAUUAUGAGAUGGCGAUUACAUCCCAUUGCAUUAGUAGCAGAUAUUAUUAAAAUGUAUCGUCAAGUAAGGAUCAAUGAAAAUGAUGCUAUAUAUCAAAGAAUUGUAUGGCGCAAUAAACCUGAAGAUGAAAUAAAGGACUAUGAGUUGGUAACGGUGACAUUUGGAACAGCUUCCGUACCUUUUCUAGCAGUACGAGCCAUGCAUCAAUUAGCUUAUGAUGAAGGUAAGCAUUAUCCUAUAGCUGCAGAUAAUGUCUUAAACAAUUUUUAUAUGGACGAUCUGAUGUCAGGUUGUUCAACAGUUCAAGACGGUAUAGAACUAUACACACAACUAACACAAUUUUUAAAAAAGGGAGGAUUUCAGUUACAGAAAUGGAAAAGUAACGAUAAAGAUCUACAGAAGCAAAUAGAAACGUGUGAGGCGGAAGAAAAAAGAGAAUGGAAGGAAAAUGAAAACGUGGACACAAGUACAAGUGAUGAUAUGGCCUUAAAACAAGUGAGUAUCCCGCGUUUGGAACUAUGCGGCGCCGUGUUACUUGCCAAAUUAUUAUACGAGGCAACCGAAGUCUUACAUAUUGAAAAGAGUAAGGUCAAAGCAUGGACAGACUCUACAAUAGUGCUUUCAUGGUUGAAUAGCCACCCAAGUAGAUGGAAGACAUUUGUAGCCAAUAGGGUUUCAGAAAUAUUGAAUCUGAUAGAUUCAUCUCAUUGGCAUCAUGUGUCUUCUAAGGACAAUCCCGCUGAUUGUGCAUCCAGAGGAGUUCAACCGGCUUUAUUAUCAGAAUGUAUGCUUUGGAUAUCCGGUCCUUCAUUUUUACAAAAUAGUAUGAUAGAAUACAAACGGCCAAUAGAUUUGGAUACACAUGUAGAAGAAAAUAUUUGUGUCAUGGCUAAGCAUGACGCCUAUGCCGGGGUCCAAGUAGAAAUGACGGCCGAAGUAAACCUGCUGAUGUCUCAAAGUUGUACUAGCCAAUACACUUAA